AUGUCGGCGCAACAACCAGUGUUUGUCGUGAACACGGGGCCAGAGCGUCAGUCGGGUCGUAAGGCUCAAGCGUCUAACAUCAGCGCCGCCAAGACGGUGGCGGAUGUGAUCCGGACAUGUUUGGGCCCUCGCGCCAUGCUCAAAAUGAUCUUGGAUCCCAUGGGCGGUAUCUUGCUCACCAAUGACGGUCAUGCUAUUCUCCGUGAAAUUGAAGUGGCGCACCCCGCCGCUAAGAGCAUGAUCGAACUCAGCCGUGCGCAGGACGAAGAAGUCGGCGACGGUACCACAAGUGUCAUUAUCCUCGCAGGCGAAGUCUUAGCGCACUCUUUGCCUCUCUUGGAGCGCAACAUUCAUCCUGUGGUGAUCAUUUCUGCGUACAAAAAGGCAUUGGCACGCGCUCUGCAGAUCAUCGACUCGAUUUCUGUGCCGGUGCACGUUGAGAAGGACGACGAAAUGCUCGCACUUAUCAAGACAUCAAUCGGUACCAAGUUUGUCUCUCGUUGGUCGGAUCUGAUGUGCCAGCUCGCCCUCAAGGCCGUACGCACGGUGGCUAGUAUCGAUACUACCGUGCCACGCACCGCAGAAGAAGCGGCCAAGUCCGGUGUCACUGUGGACAUUAAGCGCUACGCCCGUGUGGAAAAGGUGCCAGGCGGUGAAAUUGAGGAGAGCCGAGUUCUGGAUGGCGUCAUGCUCAACAAAGACGUGACACACCCUAAGAUGCGUCGCCGCAUUGAGAACCCGCGCAUUGUCUUGCUCGACUGCUCGUUAGAGUACAAGAAGGGCGAAUCGCAAACCAACAUUGAAAUCACACGCGAAGAAGACUGGAGUCGUAUUCUGGAGAUCGAAGAGGAGCAGGUGAAGCAAAUGUGCGACAAGAUUCUGCAAUUCAAGCCGGACUUGGUAUUCACUGAGAAGGGUGUGUCGGACCUCGCACAGCACUUUUUGCUCAAGGCAAAUGUGACGUGCAUCCGUCGCGUUCGUAAGUCGGACAACAACCGUAUUGCUCGUGCCACCGGUGCACAGAUUGUGAACCGUGUAGAAGACCUGCGCGAAAGCGAUGUGGGCACUCGCUGUGGGCUUUUCCACAUUGAAAAGCUGGGCGAUGACUACUUUACUUUCCUGGAAAAGUGCCAAGACCCUAAGGCUUGCACAAUUCUGCUUCGCGGCCCCUCGAAAGAUAUCUUGAAUGAAAUUGACCGCAACUUGGCUGAUGCAAUGUCAGUAGCACGCAACAUUGUGUUCCACCCCAUGCUGGCGCCGGGUGGUGGUGCUACAGAGAUGGCCAUCUCCGUGGGUCUGGCACAGUAUGCAGGCCAAGCGCUGGAAGGAGCGGAAGUGGCUGCAGUACAUGCGGUAGCAGAUGCCAUGGAGGUGAUUCCUCGGACGCUGAUCCAGAACUGCGGUGGGAAUGCCAUCAAGACAUUGACGCAGCUUCGUGCCCGCCAUGCCAACGGCGAGCACACAUAUGGUGUGGACGGACAUACGGGUCGAAUUGUCGAGAUGAAGCAGUAUGGUCUAUUUGAGAGUGCUUCAGUCAAAAUUCAGAUCCUCAAGACAGCGAUUGAAUCUGCCUCACUCCUUUUGCGUGUCGAUGAUGUCGUUUCCGCGAAGCGUGCUGGUCAGGGUGGUGCUGCGCCUCAGGCGGCCAACAUGGCCAUGGCUGGGGGAGAAGGCAUGGAAGGGAUGGGCAUGGCAUAG